AGCGCCGAGGGAGCGGACCUCAGAGGUUGUCUGAAGGCCGAGCCCGACAUGGCAGCGCUGUCUGCUCCUGGCCUGGUCCGUCUCCAGACCCUCUGUCUGCGCAGCCUCAGCGUGGGCGCAACUGCGCAGGCCCGAGGCGUUCACCAGAGCAUAGCCACUGACCGUCCCAGCAGCGCCCAGCCCGCUGUGCCGAAGGCCGGAGCUCUGGCCCCCAAGGUGGCUGCCUUUCCCAGCAGCCGAGGCGAGUAUGUGGUGGCCAAGCUGGAUGACCUCAUCAACUGGGCCCGCCGGAGCUCCAUGUGGCCCAUGACCUUCGGCCUGGCCUGCUGCGCCGUGGAGAUGAUGCACAUGGCAGCUCCGCGCUACGACAUGGACCGCUUUGGUGUUGUCUUCCGCGCCAGCCCACGCCAGUCCGACGUCAUGAUUGUGGCCGGCACACUCACCAACAAGAUGGCCCCUGCACUCCGCAAGGUGUACGACCAGAUGCCUGAGCCGCGCUACGUGGUGUCCAUGGGGAGCUGCGCCAAUGGUGGGGGCUACUACCACUACUCGUACUCUGUGGUGCGGGGCUGUGACCGCAUCGUGCCUGUCGACAUCUACGUCCCAGGCUGCCCGCCCACGGCCGAGGCGCUGCUCUAUGGCAUCCUGCAGCUGCAGAAGAAGAUCAAGCGCGAGAAAAGGCUCAAGAUCUGGUAUCGCAGGUAGUGCUGCUGCCGCUGCCCACACACCGGUCCCCUUUGCGCAGGCGGCCUCACGACCCAGCCCUGCCGCUGCCACAUCGCUCCGCCCAGAGCCCUUCGCCGGUCCACUGUUAAUAAACUGGUUUUCCUCCA